AGAAACGCGCUCCAUUGCACUCUUUCGAGAAAUCAAAUAAACGGAAAAAGUAAAAAUUCUAAAGUUGUGUUUGACAGCAGCACGUGAUGAGCACGUUUUGUUUUGUUUAGAAAAUCCUGAAUUUCCGGGUUCUUGGAGUAAAAAUUCCAGGCAGGAAUCGUUAGCCUUGCAAAUCAUUUCUAGAGUUUCUAGAGAGUUAUUUCGGUUGUUGAAGUCCAAUUUUUGCUGCAAACUGCCGGCGCUCCAGCGAUAGCUUUGUAUUUGGAACGCUGGUAUCGCGAAAUCGAAUCAACGCUCACGACAUAUGCUGUGGAAUCAAUGGAUGCGUUUGGAGUCCAGCUGACCGGACGCUUAAUAGCCUCAAUUACACCACAAGAAGAGAAGUGGUCGGAGGUGUCUGGACAGGAGCCAGCCCCAGCAUCUCACUCAUCUCACCGUGAUAGCUCGUUAUCUCCGCCCAGUGGCUCUAUCAGUCGUAGAUUGGUCUGCUGGAAACGCGUGUCUGACCGUGGAAUUGUAAGCUAAUCAAACGUGAAUAGCAACGCAGCACCGGUCGGAGAAGGAAUGCGACUAACUUGGCCGUUCAGUCGAUCGCGAGCCGUCCUCCAGCUGCCUUCGUGGCUCGAGUACGAUGCAAACGUCGGCAGAAUGUGCUGAGCCUGCUGGCGGCAGCGACAGCAGGACCAGCACCAUGACGGUGGCGCAGCUCCCACCGAAACCAACGGGACUACCGGACGGUGAUGAUCGAAGUUUACCGGAUAGUGUGUCGACGAUGGCAUUGCAAGCAACCGUUCCUUGGUAUCGCCUGAUUUCCGUCGAACCGACCAUGUUCCUGUACAUGAUGGCAUUUAUGCUGACAUCGGUCGUGGAGCAAGCAUUUUUCCUUUACAAAGCCUGCACCGUCGAUCACGGGUACUCGCACGAAAUCUGUCUUAACAUCGAGCAGUACCAGGACAUCAAGAAGGAGGUCCAGGUCACGACGUCCACCUUUCACCAGUGGAACAACAUCGCCAUGUAUGUGGUACCCAUCUUCCUGGCCAUGUUUCUUGGUGCCUGGUCGGAUCGGAGAGGUCGUAAGCUGCCGCUGGUUCUCGGGCUGAUCGGGAAGCUGUUCUACUCGGUCAUGAUAGUGGUGAAUACCCGGAUGCCCACGUGGCCCGUCGAGUACAUUAUCUACACAGCGACACUGCCCAGUGUGCUGACCGGUGCUGAUAUAGCUAUCUUUGCCAGCUGCUUUGCUUACAUCUCCGAUAUCACGACGGUGGAACAGCGCACGCUGCGUAUAACGAUUCUCGAUGCGACCUACCUGAGCACGAUGCCGAUCGGUGUGGCACUCGGUAAUGUGAUCUUCAACCACACCGGCAAAUCGUACACGAUCAUGUUCACCAUCAAUGCCUCGCUGCUUGCCUGUUCGAUCUUGUAUUCCGUGCUGUUCCUGAAAUCACGCACCACCGAACGGCAGUGUUCUAUCCGGGAGCUUCCCUGGUACCGGAUGCCGCUCGAUUUCUUCGACCGUCAGCACAUUGUCCGUUCCGUGCAAACGUUCCUGAAAAAGCGCACGCUGCAUCGUCGCACCUAUCUGUACCUGCUCAUGGUGGCCAUGUCGUUCUACACGUUCCAGCGGGAUGAAAAACCAAAAAUGUACCUGUACACUCAGCUGCGCUUCAACUGGGAUACGGAUCUAUAUAGCUACUUCAAGACGUACCAAUCGGCAGCUUACGUCGUGAUGAUGUUCCUCGGUGUACCGUUUUUUACGCGUGUUCUGGGACUCAAGGAUACGAUCAUCAUCAUGAUCGGUGCCCUCGCACAUGCCAGCGCACGUUUCGUGUACAUUUUUGCCCAGGUUGGCUGGGUGCUGUACAUCGGGGCCACGAUUUCCAGCGUUGGUCCCGUGGUUGCACCCGUCCUGCGCUCGAUGAUAUCGAAAAUGGUUCCCAACACGGAGCGAGGAAUCAUUUUCUCCUUCCUGUCUGUGUUCGAUAACGCGGUGCCACUGUUUAGCGGUGUGCUCUAUACGCAGGUGUACAAUUCCUCGAUCAACACGUACCCGCAAGCAGUCUUCCUGCUCACGAUGGGCACCCAGAUGGUGGUGUUCUUCAUAGCGCUUUCGAUUCAUUUUUCACUACGAGGACGCACACUAGACGAGAGUGCACCAAUCGAUAAGCCACCGAGCACGACACUGAUCGACGGGAGUAUCAGAGAUAACGGUAUCCAAGCGGUCCAACUUCCCAACGGUGACAGCCAACAACGGUGAUGUUUCGGGAAAUUUUCAGUGUUCAAAAGAUCCGGUGAUAUUAUGCCAACUUUAUUGCAUCGCUAGGUAGGGCUAGACUGUAGGUCACGGGAAAAAAGGAAGCAGUAGCUGCCUCCGAUCAGUAGCGAUUAGUAGUGGCCUUGUCGGCGAAGCAAACUCUCAACGAUUCCUCGGCGAUGUGGGUCGGUUUGUGUGGUGGGACGGCCACCUGUGCAAACAUCUUCAGCCCAUUCGUCAACAGUUCGACCGCCUCGUCGAUACGCUCAUUCUAAAUGGAACGAAACAAAUAGGAGAAUCUAGUGUUAACCGGCGAUUUGGUUCCUUUUUUUGUCAGGAAGACUGGUACAGGGAUACGACAAGGUCGCAAAUUUUAAAAAAUAAAAUAGUUAGUAGGAUAACCCUU